CUAGUGCUGAGGGCUGCUCGUGUGGGCUUGUACAGCAGUCUGCAGUGCAGUCAGUCAUAUAGGUCAACAGUGCAGAAGAAAGGAGGCUGGAGCAGGAGCAAACGGGGAGAGGAGAGAAUCGGGGCUGUGGUAAUUAAGUAGUCCAUGCCUGGGACCAAUUAUCGGCAAACCGAUUUUGUAAAUGGUUUGUUAUUUCAGGUUAGCCGCAGCUCGGCCACAUGAAAAUGAAUGAGCAGAUUUGAUGAAGGCCUGACCACGCAAAGGCCACUGCAUGGUCUACACUCCCCCCAAUUCUGUCUGCACUCUUCAGUCAACUCCUUUAAGGCCAUAACCUUCCACCUUUGUUGUUUGGACCCGUUGCCCUUGUGGCCCUUGCUUGACGAGGGGAUAUCCUGGAUGACACCUUUUUUGCAGUGUUGGCUGAUCCUAAGAGCUUAGCGUCUGGCCCCCUGCGUCUAGAGUCCCUUGCUAACUCGAUUAGUCCAAAGAGGAGCAGGUGACCUCUCCUCGGGGGCCCCACUGGCCCCUGUGUGGGGCACCAUGACACCGGUGUUGGAGGGAGGAUGUUCAUUAGCGGAUUGAGGACUCACCCCUGCGGAGCGUCUAAUCAUUACUCUCCAUAGGUUGAGCAACUCACACCACUACUAAAUCGUCUCGAUGGAAGCAGACUCGCUGUUCCGCCACCCACUGAAGUUUGUUUUAGGAGAUAAUCGUUGUUCCUUUUCACAACUUCAUUUGUCUCUGUAGUGGGAGUUCACCAUUUGGCAGAUGACCAUUUGGACCCUUUAAGCAAAGCAUAACUUGUAGCCACAUGAAACAAAGCUUUGGUCAACACUUGUUUCUCGUAGCAAGUUCAAAAGAGACACGUAAGAAUGACAACCUCAAAGUCGGACCUUUUAAAGUUGACUUGGAGGCAUCUAAAACAAAUAUUUUCUGUGCCAUUCCUUCCAGUUGGGAAGCCGCUUGACCUUUCUGCAUACAUACAUUGCAAUGUAAUAUUGUGGUAUUAUACACUUUGUAUUGUAGAUAUGUAGUGGUAGAGUAGUGAUGUAAUAAUGUGUUGUAUGACGUAGUUUUUUGUUGUUGUGAUGUGGUUGUUUAAAUCUUGUUUGGACCCCAGGAAGAGUAGCAGCUGCCAAUGGGGAUCCAAAUAAGUACAGCAUGGUCUGUCAUUUAAGACCUCACAUCUGGGACGUUCAAUUUAAAAAACUGACAUGAUUCACUGUGGCUUGAUGGCCUUUUUCAGACACUAGAAUCUAGAUGUUCCAAUUAAACGAUGCAACACACAGUUAGUGCACCUGUUAUGUUUGUUUAAUGGCGAGGCUGCUGAGGCAUGGAUAAUGCAGUGUUUCAGCUGAGUCACGGACCAAAUGUCGUCGAAUUGAAAGGGUCAUACUAAAGACUAGCUUUAAAAUGACUUGGAUUUUUAAACUGCAAAGCUUUAUCAUUGUUGAAUGAAGCUUGAAAUGGAAUUGAUUUGUAUCGGUAUAAGAAUGAAGUGUAAAUCUUUUACCAGCAUGUACCUGUUCCAUUAAUGGAGGCGACUCUCUUUUCUGUUGUGCUUUAGGCAGACGGAGGCCCUGUCUGAGAUAAAAGCUCUCCUUUACUGUAUAAUGUACCAUAUUGAGUUUGACAGCAUGUCUUCUUUGAAAGCAUUUUAUUCAGCCGCUUUGACAGAUCGACUUGACAGAUAAAAAAAUAAAAAAAAUACCUUUCUCUUGGAAGUGCCUUGGGGUAAAGUCUUGCAUAGUUUAAGUGGAUAAACUGUAUUCUAAUAGUUAUCUUAUCAGAUGUUAAGUGCAUCUGUUAGAACUCAAUUGGAUGAUGGUUCUAAUCCCAAGUACGAUACAGUAUGGGAACGUUAAGUUAAACGCUCACCAUACAAGAUGAAGGGGCGCAAAUAGGGGAGGGCAGGGGUUUAGAGGGAAAUCAAAGAUUUCAUGAGUGGAAGGAGCUGUUGGUGAAAGACGCAAGACAUAUUUUCUUGAAGCUUUUAUUUUCCCAACCUUUUUCUUUUACAGUUCAGUUCUGUGUCAUCCAACUCUGGCUCAUUAGAACCCAGUCUCUGGGGAAAGGGCAAAUGCAUUGUGACUGGUAUUGUUCUAUGAUUGGCAUCUCGGCUUGAUCUGCGGGGGGAAAAAGUGAGUGCCUCGGGCCUGCUCAAUAAAAAGGCUCUCCCUUCCAAAACUUAGCUGUAAUCGUUGGCAAAGUUCCUGUUACAGGUCAAUGAGUGUAUUGUUCACCUCGCUCUUCCAGUCGCUCCUUCGCAUGUACAGUGACCUUUUCAACUUCGACUAGGGAAACGUAGCCAAGAUGGUACCGCAAAGCCAACUCCCCCACCCUUUCCUGUCUAAAGUGACGCACACAGGAAUGGUAAUAUAGCCAAUGUAUUGGCUUUCUCAUCAAGUUGAUGAGUUCCUUCUAGGGUCACGUGUUGCUAGUAUGUUGUAGAAGCACACUGCUUAUAAUGGUGAUCUACACUGCACAGGUUGCAGUCCAGUUUUGUUGCCGCGUGAGAUUUACCUUGCAACAGGGAUCCUGCACCGAAAUACUGAUAAGUCUACUGGUAUAGGCUUAGAGAGGAAGUACACCAUAAUGGAAGGCCAAGUACAGCAAGCGAUAGGACGGCCACCCACUGCUUUUAGCGGUUCGUCGUCGUUGUGUGUCGGAGCUGUAAGACUUUUAGUGGGUGAUUUUUAAAUGACUUGAUGAGAGUUUCAAAACAUUGGGGUUGUGGUGAUUUAACAAAGCCUACAGAGAGUGGUUUGAUUCGACAUGUUAGAAACCCCAACUGCUGCAAUGCAGUAGGUGGGUUUUUCAUUGGUUGAUUGAUCAAUAAAAUGUACAUUACAGCUUCCAAUGGCUGUAGGGGAUUUCAAGACUGUGGUGGAUGGAUUGUUUAGCUUUGCUGUGUUAAAUGAUGGGGGAGAUCCUGCCUGGGCAAUGAGGAGGUAGACCAGGUGUUGACGCUAGCUAACCCUUCGAGAAACCACCUUCCAGACGGUCUCACAGGUCCACAAACCUGCUUCUUCACUUGCUUCACCCCCACACGGGAAAAGAAGCUGGAGGCUAAAUGUGUAAAAGAAGAGAACUGCUCAAGACUAUCCUACACUAUGUUUCUGGGUGGUGUAGCUCAUCUCAUCAACCCAGGUUCUUCAUAAGUAAGGCCGGUUGGCUACUGUGAAUGGAAUCUUUUAGCCGCAUGUAAUUGAACCUGACCUGACCGCGCAAUUAAUCAUAACCCACAAUAUUUGCUCAGUGUUAUUGGUUCUGGGGCAGCACGUACCCCAGCGGUGAAGUCGACCUCUGUCUAGCCAUCCAAGCCGUCAGUCAUUCUAACCCCCCGAAGGGGGUGGAGCUCUGAGCUGGUGUAAUGUGAGCAACUGGCUUCCUGUCUGUCGCUGCAGUUUGGCUCCUUAGCUUUCUGUUUCUCUCUCUACUAGGCUACUUCCAGCCAAGACUCUGUAGGGGACGAGUGCUGUUUUGACCAUUCCGACAAUAGUUUUUUGUAUUUAUUUUGACAUUUUCUCUAGUUUCUAUGGGAUUUGGCACAUUUGAAUGGUUGGCAUACACUGGUGGAGAAUGCGGUCAUUUUAAAACCCCUGUUUUGUUUAUCCUUGUUGGUUGUCCAUGUCAUGCUGUGCCCUGCCAUGCCCUGACAUUUUACUGCCUCUAGAAGACUAUUGUCUGACCUUGACAGUUUGACUGAACUUAUAGUGUACCACCCCCUCCAAAUGAAAUGAGCAAAGGAGCCCAUUGUACAUUGAUAAAGCACUAAGUACAUGUCCAAUCUGUACUGGCUAUGGUUAUACUGCUCAUACUAAUCCGUAAAGACGAACAAAAGCUGAAAGAUGUGAAAGGGAGUUAGUAGUUUCUCUUCAAUUUGCCUUUCAGGUGUCUUACUAUCAGUAAAGACACACUGACUGCACAUGCAGACUAAUUGGCAGUCUUGCUGCAAAGCCCCCUGGGACGUAGAGAAUGACACGGGUGUCUCUGAGGGGGUCACCUGACCUGAAGCGCAGGUUGUUUGUCCUGAUCAGCCUGAUGGGAACUAAGGGUGUCGUGGUGUGCUGCUGGGUGGAUCCAAGGCUUUGGGAUGUGUAUUUAGAUCUAAUAUAAGCCCAGGGUUUCUGGUAUCGACUUCGCGUCAGAUUAUUGGCGGAUAUUGUCUUCAUGUUUUUAUAAUGAGAUCCCAUGAGAGAGCGCUGCAUUUCAUGUAGUGUCUUGGCACUGGCAGUGUUGAGUUGUAAGCGAGUGCUGCUGGCUGGCAGCAACAGAUUCUAAUUCCCAUUAGUGCCAAUGUCUUGUACACACAUAAAGGGCUUUCUGUUUGUAAUCUGAAGGUAGCCUUGACGAACAUGCACAGUAAAAUACCUAUUAUAUUAUGAAGAUCCAUGCUAGGAAAUGAACUGCUACCUUGAGACUUGGUGCUGCUGUUAUCACAUUCACAUUACCUUUUUUUUAUUAAAGGAGAGUGGAGAAUCACUACCUUUCCUAUUCAAGGCUUUAUUGACAGACACAUUAGAAACAGUGGAAGAUCGGUGAGAGGGAGCACACAGGGACACACAGCGCCGCACAUAUUUGAUAUAUCCUUGAGGGACUCUAUGCACACAAUGGCGUUUGUUACCUAGGACACGUUACACCUUUACAAGUGACGCCUGCGUUGAGUGAAAAGCUGAUUUUCUCCCCCUCUUCAUUUCAGUGUGCAAGGAUCCACCCUAUAAAGUGGAGGAGUCUGGAUACGCAGGCUUCAUCUUGCCCAUUGAAGUUUACUUCAGAAAUAAGGUACAUUUAACAAGGUUUCGACCCGUAUUGCUUACUAAAGAUCCCAAGCUGUGAACAUAUGGCUUAAAACCAGAUUCAUGUACCAUUGAUUACCAUGAUCAUCCCAUGUUGGUAGUUUGAAAAAUGUUGCACAUUGAAUGUGGUCAGUGCAGAUUGAGGAAUCCAUGGGCCUAGAUCUUUAUAAAUGACAUAUGGUUAACAACUUUGUCUUUGCCUUUGUAUGAAUGUUUACCAUUUUGGACUUUGGUACGCAACUGACUUCUCUCCUUUCUUUUGUUCCUACUGAUGUCCCACUGCACUUCUCAGGAAGAACCUAAGAAAGUGCGCUUCGACUACGACCUGUUCCUACACCUGGACGGCCACCCGCCUGUCAAUCACCUGCGCUGCGAGAAGCUCACCUUCAACAACCCCACGGAGGAGUUCCGCAGGAAGCUGCUCAAAGCCGGCGGGGUAAGACAAGACCGGAGGGGAGGAUGGAGGGUGGGAGAGGAACAUUUGACAUGGGGUGCAUCUCAAUAGCAGGUGUUUAUCCUAAUAGCCUUAAGCAUGGGUAGCGAUACUAGAUAUACAGGCUUGCUCCAGCCCUGCUUGAACACCUGAUUCAGGUAAUCAUCUGCUCAUCAGGACCAACUGAUUACCUGAAUAAUGUGUGUGAGGGCAGGACUGGAGCAAAGCUCCGAAAAUCCAGUAUGGCCACCCAUGCUUAAGGCUAUUGAGAUGAACACCUCCUGGAGAGGUAAAUGAUUAAAUGACAAUCCAGAAGUUGAAUGGAACGUAGGUGACGUGACAACCUUGGCCUAGCUGGCCACCAGGUAUCAUCCAUGUCGAAAAAGAAAAGGAAAGCCGCACACUCUAGGAGCUCAGAUGCAAUAAUUGAAUAUCCUAAUAACCAACGUUUCGACAGACAAGCUGUCUUCAUCAGGGUAUAAUCAUCAUCCAUGUCGGUCACACAUCAGACCUGCCGUUAGCAGGCAAAAGGGCUUAUCAGACACUCUGUCAUGAUGUUUUAUGACCGGAACUAAGUGCUUUUUUAUUUACAAUUUGUAUUUACAUGUUUUAUUCCCAGUGCCCUCCAGAAAGCCUGUGGCCACAUAGGAAUGUCAAUUUCAGAAUAGAUUUCAAAACAUUUUCAGAGCGGACAAUAGCUUCAGGAACAUAUGGAAUUUGUGUUUUAUAUUUUUAGCUGCCAUGCUCAUUCCAGGAACACACCAAUGCAUUAUGGCUGAGCACGACAUGCACCUUAACAUAGAUUGGUCUGCCUACAUGCCUUUUCAGAGGAAACGAAUAAGAUUGGCAACAGAUGUGCACUGACUGUGACGUGGUUUUAUUUGAGUGACUGGUUUGCCAGAGUGACAUUUGUUCAGCCCACUGGACGUUUUGAGUACUUGUCCAAUACAGCUGAUUGCUGUGUGUACACUGACAUGCUUUUUGUGUUUCCUUCAUAGCAACGGGAUCCUCACAAAAGAAGUUCGGAAGACUCUAAAGUAAGACUUUUAUGUGAACUAGCAUUCUCUUCAAAUUGAGACAUUUACACAUAAGAAUGUGUUGAUACUGUAGCUUCCCCAAUGCUAUGACACUCUCACUGGCAAUGACUGGCUCGGAUAAUAUAGACUUCUAGCAUGACCCACAGUGAAAUUUGGGACCUGUAUCCAAUAUGCACAGUUAGACAAGCUUCUAUUAUUUCUGAGACUUUCCGCAUGUUGUUGACCCAGUGUUUCCUCUACCAUUGUUAAGGCGAAACCCACCCCCGCCUUGCUCCAUUAUCCCCCUCUUAAAAUAAUUGGACUUCUAUUGGAGGAAGGGUAAUGGAAAGAUCAAAAGGUGGGGAAAGUUGUAUCAAAGGAAAUGCUUACUAAGUUGUUUUGGUGCUGACUCACAGCAGCUCAUUUCAACUGCAGGGCACUGGAGCUUCCGAGAAACAGGCCGCAUGUUCUCACAGUGUAGCUUUAACCCUUUGUUUACCUCUUGCUGCUAGGCAAGACAUGAAACGUUUAUUCUUCCCUCAGCUGCUAUAGUUGAAGUGACACGGCAAACAAAUGCACCCUCAAAUUUAGACCCACAGUGAAGCAGCUGUGUUCUAUUUUCUUUGCGUGCUCACUGUCAUUCCAUGCAAAGCAAUGACUGUCUGUGUGGGAUUCCAGGAAUAACGUGCAGUGUUAAGUGCUCAAAUGUUAGGUUUACUGCGCUUGGCAUCGACAAGAACACUACGAUAAUACGUUAGCCUUGCUUAAGUUUUUGUCCAAACAAAAGCGGUCUUAAGUUUCGCACAGAACCCACUAUUAUAAGCAGGAAUUAAGAAACUGUCCAAUUGAUGCAGUACUUUCUAUUCAAAUAGAUUCAUAAAGCUCUUCACUCCCAGACUGUGAGUGCACAAUAAAAUACAAAACUGAGUUUUACACCUGCUGAUCAGGACAAUAUAAUUCUGUUAAUUUGUCUGCUCUUUUAUAUUGUAGUGUAUUAUUGUCAUUACUUUUAUGUCGCUUCUGUUGUAGGUUUGAUUCCCACAUCUGCUACAUGAUAUAUUAAAUGGGUGUCACCUAUGAUCUGUAAGUCACUUUGGAUGAAGGCGUCGGUUAAAUGACCCCGUUUUACUUCCAGGUGAUGGUAAUGCAGGAGGGCUCCACAUCUCUGUUCGGCCAGCAUCUCAAGCUGCCCACCCUCCCCAGCAGCUCCCUGACAUUUACCUUCUCUGACGCUAAGAAGAGCAAGGCCUUCCCGGGGUCAAAGGUCAGUGGCGGUCUCCAGGUACAGCCCGGGGCUAAACAGUCUCCCCGUCCUCCUCCCUCUCUUCCCAGCUUAAUCCCUGCAUAGUUGGCUAGGUUCAAAGAUGUUGAGGGUAUUUAAAGUCUGUGGAUUUUCAAGAGACGCUCGACUUGGGCUUACGCAAGGUAUGCUACCGAUAGCGGUUAUAGCACCAGCCAUAAUGUAUCCAUUAGGCAGUAUAUAAAAGUCACUUUAGUUUUAAAGCCUGUUGAAGCUUGGUACGUAUCAGUGUUUCAUUGUGAUGUAGUUGUUCUCUAGCAGUCUCAGAGAACCAAUUUUAGAAUCAUGGAUGGAAACGACAUGUAUAUGGGGUAUAACUGGCAUAUUGCUUCCAUUAAGUGUUAUUUUUAGGCCCUUUAAAUGGUGUCAUUUACCACGGCCCGGCAGAGCCCACUCCAGCAAGGGCCGGGUUACGAAAGGUGCGCUGCACAUGGAAACGGUUUCCAAUCCAAACAGUGUGUGAUGGAUUACUGAUGGAGCAGAGGGGUCACACACACACACACACACUUCCACUAACGUCCAAUGGCAACCCACCUACUGUGGUCUCCUCUCCCUCUGGUUCACUUGUACCCUACAUGGCUUUUUGAAGUGUUACUGAUUGCUAUGGGCAGUCUACCUUUUUAUACUCUACUGUAAGUGCAUUUAUAUAGGCAAAACAAAACUGCUGAAAUUCAGUUGUUGCACAUGAGUCAUUGUGCUGUUUUGGAGUUGCUGGUGUUAAGAACAAGUUUGUUUGUCAAUUGCCUUGACAGUUAAAUUCUCUGUACAUAGUGCUGAAUAGCAGGUCAUUAUUACAAGGAGACUAGUAAAGUACAUAAUGCACACAUCCAUAUACUCAAUUUAAAUGUUACCAACUUAAGUAACAUGGACUGUAUUUGCUGGUGCUUGGCAAGAACAGAUCUUUAGAACAGUCAAAUGCCUGCAGAUCGUAUUAACAUGCAAAGAAUCCUGUGAUACACUCAGGACUGUAGCCUUUUGAUAUUCAGCAGCCAUUUACAUGUACAUUUACAGGGUACCUUCGAUAUUGCUCAGUCCAUUCACUUUCAUGGCCUUUAUAAGUGUACAUGUACUCGGAGCCCCUACUAACGUGCCAGUCUAACCUGCACCUACUAAGGUGCCAGUCUAACCUGCACCUACUAAGGUGCCAGUCUAACCUGCACCUACUAAGGUGCCAGUCUAACCUGCACCUACUAACGGGUAGGCCGUCAUUGUAAAUAAGAAUUUGUUCUUAACUGACUUGCCUAGUUAAAUAAAGGUUAAAUAAAAAAUGUAAAGUAUUUUGGUAUCGGGAAGGGCAGGAGGAUUGGGGCUGUUAUUGGCGAAGAGCAUCACUUUAUCUCCACUUUUUACUGGUCUAAAACUGAGUAGUUUUGUGUGAGCAGGUUAGCAGCUAGACGUCCAAAAGGUCAAGGGGUCAGGAGCAGAUAGACAAAAUAAAAGGGUUUGGGCAGGUCGUAACACACCCCUGCCGUCUAGACGUGCAUAAUGGCUUUAAGGCAUCUAUGAAAUAUUGACUGUGGGCCAGAAGGUGUGACCCCAGGACAAACGGGGACGCCUCGUUUAGUUGGAGAAAAGGAAAUGCACUCUCUUCCACCUCCAGGUUUGCUCGCUGUCCGCGCCACUUUUAAGGUCGCACUUACAGCUGUUGAGUCUUCCCUCCCUUCCCCCACAUUCUGGACAAAACAAGUUCCCAGCUCUCUUCUCAAGUAAACUGGAAUCACUCUUUUUAUUUUAUUUAAUUUUUUUCGGAAUAGACUCUUCUUUGACACAACAGUACAGAGCCCCACGGUGGCACAAGGGCUUUCUCUAAAUGAAAACUGAUGAGUAGGAUUCCUUUGAUAUGACCAGACUUAACAUUGUCUUUGCUCAUUUAGUUGUCAGGGUUGUAUAGAUUUGAGCAUUGUAAUCAAGCCCCCAUGCGAGAAGCCAAGUAAAUUGUCCCCAGUAGAGUAAUUUUUCGAUAUUGACCCCAAUAAAUCUCACUGUGAAGUGGCAAACCUCUAAUUGCAUUAUCCCUAACCAUUUCCCUGGAAUAUAUAGUCAACAGUCUAGACUCUAGACUAAUUUCAGUGGUACGUACAGUGCCUUCAGAAAGUAUUCAAACCCCUUGACUUAUUCCACAUUUUGUUGUGUUACAGCCUGAAUUCAAAAUGGAUUCAAUUGUUAUUUUUUUCUCACUCUUCUGCACACAAUACCAUAUAAUAGACAUUUUUGCACAUUUGUUGAAAAUAAAUGUAGGUUUGGACACCUACUCGUUCAAGGGUUUUUAUUUUUACUAUUUUAUACAUGGUAGAAUAGUAGUAAAGACAACUAUUAACACAUUGAAUCAUGUAGUAACCAAAAAAGUGUUAAUCAAAAUAUAUUUUAGAUUCUUCAAAACAGCCACCCUUUGCCUUGAUGACAGCUUUUCACCACACUCUUGGCAUUCUCUCAACCAGCUUCAUGAGAAAUGCUUUUCCAACAGUCUUGAAGAAGUUCCCACAUACAGUGGGGAGAACAAGUAUUUGAUACACUGCCGAUUUUGCAGGUUUUCCUACUUACAAAGCAUGUAGAGGUCUGUAAUUUUUUAUCAUAGGUACACUUAAACUGUGAGAGACGGAAUCUAAAACAAAAAUCCAGAAAAUCACAUUGUAUGAUUUUUAAGUAAUUAAUUUGCAUUUUAUUGCAUGACAUAAGUAUUUGAUACAUCAGAAAAGCAGAACUUAAUAUUUGGUACAGAAACCUUUGUUUGCAAUUACAGAGAUCAUACGUUUCCUGUAGGUCUUGACCAGGUUUGCACACACUGCAGCAGGGAUUUUGGCCCACUCCUCCAUACAGACCUUCUCCAGAUCCUUCAGGUUUCGGGGCUGUCGCUGGGCAAUACAGACUUUCAGCUCCCUCCAAAGAUUUUCUAUUGGGUUCAGGUCUGGAGACUGGCUAGGCCACUCCAGGACCUUGAGAUGCUUCUUACGGAGCCACUCCAUAGUUGCCCUGGCUGUGUGUUUCGGGUCGUUUUCAUGCUGGAAGACCCAGCCACGACCCAUCUUCAAUGCUCUUACUGAGGGAAGGAGGUUGUUGGUCAAGAUCUCACGAUACAUGGCCCCAUCCAUCCUCCCCUCAAUACGGUGCAGUCGUCCUGUCCCCUUUGCAUGCAUGCUUCACGGUUGGGAUGGUGUUCUUGGGGUUGUACUCAUCCUUCUUCUUCCUCCGAGUUUAGACCAAAAAGCUCUAUUUUUGUCUCAUCAGACCACAUGACCUUCUCCCAUUCCUCCUCUGGAUCAUCCAGAUGGUCAUUGGCAAACUUCAGACGGGCCUGGACAUGCGCUGGCUUGAGCAGGGGGACCUUGCGUGCGCUGCAGGAUUUUAAUCCAUGACGGCGUAGUGUGUUACUAAUGGUUUUCUUUGAGACUGUGGUCCCAGCUCUCUUUAGGUCAUUGAACAGGUCCUGCCGUGUAGUUCUGGGCUGAUCCCUCACCUUCCUCAUGAUCAUUGAUGCCCCACGAGGUGAGAUCUUGCAUGGAGCCCCAGACCGAGGGUGAUUGACCGUCAUCUUGAACUUCUUCCAUUUUCUUAUAAUUGCGCCAACAGUUGUUGCCUUCUCACCAAGCUGCUUGCCUAUUGUCCUGUAGCCCAUCCCAGCCUUGUGCAGGUCUACAAUUUUAUCCCUGUUGUCCUUACACAGCUCUCUGGUCUUGGCCAUUGUGGAGAUGUUGGAGUCUGUAUGAUUGAGUGUGUAGACAGGUGUCUUUUAUACAGGUAACGAGUUCAAACGGGUGCAGUUAAUACAGGUAAUGAGUGGAGAACAGGAGGGCUUCUUAAAGAAAAACGAACAGGUCUGUGAGAACCGGAAUUCUUACUGGUUGGUAGGUGAUCAAAUACUUAAGUCAUGCAAUAAAAUGCAAAUUAAUUACAUACAAUGUGAUUUUCUGGAUUUUUGUUUUAGAUUCCGUUUCUCACAGUUGAAGUGUACCUAUGAUAAAAAUUACUACAUGCUUUGUACAUGCUCCCCUGCGCAGUGGUCUAAGGCACGGCAUCGCAGUGCUAGCUGUGCCACUAGAGAUCCUGGUUCGAAUCCAGGCUCUGUCGUAGCCGGCCAUGACCGGGAGACCCAUGGGGCGGCGCACAAUUGGCCCAGCGUUGUCCAGGGUAGGGGAGGGAAUGGCCGGCAGAGAUGUAGCUCAGUUGGUAGAGCAUGGCGUUUGCAAUGCCAGGGUUGUGGGUUCGAUUCCCAUGGGGGGCCAGUAUGAAAAAAAUAAAUAAAAUAACUAAGUCGCUCUGGAUAAGAGCGUCUGCUAAAUGACUAAAAUGUAAAUGUAAAUGUAGAAGUAACUGGGUCUUCCUUUCCUGUGGCAGUCCUCAUGAGAGCCAGUUUCAUCAUAGUGCUUGAUGGUUUUUGCGACUGCACUUGAAGAAACGUUCAAAGUUCUUGACAUUUUCCGGAUUGACUGACCUUCAUGUCUUAAAGUAAUGAUGGACUGUCGUUUCUCUUUGCUUAUUUGAGCUGUUCUUGCCAUAAUAUGGACUUAGUCUUUUACCAAAUAGGGCUAUCUUCUGUAUACCCCCCCUACCUUGUCACAACACAACUGAUUGGCUCAAAGGCAUUAAGAAGGAAUGAAAUUCAGUAACACUUCCAAAAGGCACACCUGUUAAUUGAAAUGCAUUCCAGGUGAUGACCUCAUGAAGCUGGUUGAGAGAAUGCCAAUAGUGUGCCAAGCUGUCAUCAAGGCAAACUUUGAAGAAUCUCAUCGCAAAUAUAUUUUGAUUUGUUUAACACUUUUUUUGGUUACUACAUGAUUCCAUAUGUGUUAUUUCAUAGUUUUGAUGUCUUCACUAUUAUUCUACAAUGUAGAAAAUAGUAAAAAUAAAGAAAAACCCUUGAAUGAGUAGGUGUGUCCAAACUUUUGUUAGAAUCACCUUUGGCAGCGAUUUACAGCUGUGAGUCUUUCUGGGUAAGUCUCUAAAGGCAUUCCACACCUGGAUUGUACAAUACUUGUACGCUAUUCUUUUCAAAAUUCUUCAAGCUAUGUGAAGUUGGUUGUUGAUCAUUGCUAGACAGCCAUUUUCAAGUCUUGCAAUUUUUUUUUUUUUUUUUUUUUGCCUCAUGGUGAAAUCCCUGAGCAGUUUCCUUCCUCUCCGGCAACUGAGUUAGGAAGGACGCCUGUAUCUUUGUAGUGACUGGGUGUAUUGAUACACCACCCAAAGUGUAAUUAAUAGCUUCACCAUGCUCAAAGGGAUAUUCAAUGUCUGCUUUUUUAUUUUUACCCAUUACCAAUAGGUGCCCUUCUUUUACAAGGCAUUGGAAAACCUCCCUGGUCUUUGUGUUUGAAUCAGUUUGAAAUUCACUGCUCAACUGAGGGACCUUACAGAUAAUUGUAUGUGUGGGGUACAGCGAUGAGGUAGUCAUUCAAAAAUCAUGUUAAACACUUAUUGCACACAGUAAGUCCAUGCAACUUAUGUGACAUUUUAAGCACAUUUUUACUCCUGAAUUUUAGGCUUGCCGUAACAAAGGGGUUGAAUACUUAUUGACUCGACAUUUCAGCUUUUCAUUUUUCAUUAAUUAGUAAAAAUGUAUAAAAACAUAAUUCCACUUUGACAUUGUGGGGUUAUUGUGUGUAGGCCAGUGACACACAUCUUAAUUUAAUCCAUUUUAAGUUCAUGCUGUAACACAACAAGAUGUGGAAAAAGUUCUGAAGGCACUGUGUAUAUACAAAAGGCAUUGAGGUCAAGAAGUAACUUUUAGGCCCCUACCAUCUGCUCUGGAUCCAGGGAGUUACUAUUAGCCAAGCUUUUUGACCCACGUUGUUGCUAAUCGCCAGCGUGUCAGACUAAUUAGGUGUUUGCCCCGUCGUGUCCACUGACCCUGAAGUGGGAUUUCUCCAUUCAUCUUCCCUCUUGCCAGUGCAUUAGUUAGGGCUGAACUAACCUUUCAUUAUUUACAAAGCUUAUGUAAUGUUGUAUGUAAUCCAAAUGGUUUAAGAUGUUUCACUAACUAUCAAUAAAAUGUUCAACUAUCCACUAAACCUAAAGGUAGCUCAAAACUGAACUCAAGCAAGUUGUUGCAAAUCAAGAGUCAAAAUUGAUAGACCAUCUAGAGGAGCCUAUCAUCAAGUUAUCUAAAUACAUUGAGAACUAAUCUUUGGCUUGUUGUGUUUUUUUCCACAGGACGGCUCCAAAGGAACUGGCGCCCUCCUCACUACCACCACCACCAACAGUAGUAGCUCAUCCAAGCUGCACAAACCCUCCAAGGACCACAAGGACAAGCCUUCGAAAGAGACCAAAAGUGCCUUCAGAGACUGUGGCAGGGAACCCAGCAAAGCCUCCAAAGAUUUCUCCAAGAAACCCAAAGAGAACCAGCCUCUUCUUCGGGACAACCCCCCCAUCCCCAAGAUGGGCUUCAAGGAGCCCAAGGCCAUGUCCAAGGAGCACCGGCAGGACGGGAGCUACUCGCACGGGGCCGGGUCUGGGGCGGGGACUAACAAACGACUGUCCAUCACUGACUGCGAGGACCACGUGACCAAAAAGCGCAAGAAAAGCUUCUCGGAAUUGUCAUUAAAACCAUCAGGGGGCUCGUCCCUGUCGCACGCCCAGUCCCACCACUCGGAUAAGAAACUGCUGAAGGACAAAUCCCAGGUGCAGCCCGCUAAACUGCGGGUGGACGGCCGCGAGGUGCUCGGGGAGCGCAGAAAGGCGUCGACGCUGCCGCCGUUCCCGGAGCUGAUGGACGCCAACUACUCUGACAUGGAGGACAAUAUGUCCACCAAAUCAGACGUGAGUGAAGCCUUUGUGUACUUCGUGUUUUUGUUGGUUGGUGCGGUCUGGCUUGACCACAUUGGAAGCAAGUGUUGAAUUAUACUUUAAUGUCUUCUGGGCUCUACUUUGUAGCUCCUACAAUUAUUUUAGUUUAAAAAAGGAUUGAUUUCAGGGAUGAGUAAUUCCAGUCCUCGGUGGCCAGUGUCUGAUGGUUUUCAUCCCUUCCUUCUAAUCAGUGAGUGGUGAAGACCAGAUGUAGAUCUCGGAAACCAGGUGUACUUUUUGAGCAAUCAAUGACAUUAAUGGAUCGAUGAAUUGUUCCAUUGCUUUCUGCUACUGUUACGGCUUCACAUUCAGGAACAACAAGCAAUCGCUUUUACACAUUACCAGAUCAGCAUGCCCAUAGAGAUUACUGGACUGUUUACUAUUAGGAAGGAGAAUAGAGGUUCUGCCAGGUGCAGGAGGAGGCUUAUUGAAUCCUCUGGUUUUAAGAGGGAGCCUGUUCUGUUGGUCAGUCUCAUCCUCCGCAUGCCCAGGCUGUAAACAUCAAAUGACGGAGUCCAAGGGAAUCCCGGUAAUGGAGGUCUGGGCAGAAGGGGGGGGGGGGGGGGGUAAGGGGGUGGCCAAUAAACAUGGUGGGUGUUCAGCUGCAGAUGGGCUGCUUUUGUUUGGAUGAUGGUAACAGGAAUUGGAUACCUCCUAAACCACCACCACCCCAUCUCCAUGAAGUUCCCACCCAGUGCUCCAUUUUGACAAAGCCCAAAAAGCUGCCCAUGCCAAGCGGCCAUAAUGUUUGCAGGUUUAGAAUGUUGUUCUACAGGAUGCAGUCGCGUAACUGCUGACAAUUUGCUACUCUACGCAUAAAUUUAAAGAUCUACAGUCUAGUUCUUUUUUUAAGCGUCAUGUUGCUGAUGAAGAUGACAUUUUGAAAAUGUAUGCUUUUAAAUGCCAGGAUGUCAUACUCAUUUCGGCUUUUCAUCUAGUAGAAAUCGCUGCACACAAUUGAGCUGAUAAUCAGCUGAGGGACUCGCCGUUCCAAAAAUGAACAAAUGGUGGGAAUCAACGCAAUUGUGCAUUUAGAUGACACAUUCUCAGUAGGAUGAGACUAGUAUGCUGAUAUUUGUUGUUUACUGCAUUAGUUUUUAUAUAACAGUAUGUUCUAAAUAGUAUGUAGUAUGAUUAGUACACAGUAUGCAGUUUAAGUAAGUAGUAGACAAGCCAGAUUUCGGACACGACUCCUGCCUCUUAUUUAAACCUUGAGAUAAAUCAGUAGGUCUUUCAGAGGGUUGCCAGCUCCUCACGCGUUCAGUUUGAAACUCAACACAAAGCGGGGACUGUUUUAUUAGCAGAAAAGCAAGCUGGGUUUUACAACACCCAAGGAGAAUGGGAAAAGGACGCCAUGAAUAGCCAAGAGUUCCUCUUUUGCCUUAUAGAAAGAAGGAAAAAGGGGGUAAACAUUCUGCAUUUAUGGCAGAAAGCAUCUCAUUGUCUUUCUCUGUUUGCUUUCAACUGUUCUCUUUCAUGCCCAGGCGUGUUCACCGGCCCCACUCCAAAUACAUAACACACACACACAGGCGCUAAUCUCCCUUAGCCAUUACCCUGCCAGAACCAGCAGAGGCAUUGCAACCUAAAGCCAAAUGUGUCCAUGGGGUGGUGUUGGUGGGGGAUGAAGGAGUUGUGUGUGUGUGUGUGUGUGUGUGAUGGUGGUGGGGAUUUACCCUACAGUACUGGUCUUAAAUCGGACGUGGGGUGGGUGCAGGGCUAGUGGAGACAAAUGCCAGGUGCUCAGUGCUCUCCACGGGCUGCCGUGACGACCCUGGUGGCCCAAUCCUGGCUAGCCCUACUCACGCCUAAUGUGAGCCUUCAUUUGAUCUGGGCUUCUGCCAUGCUGUGUAGGCCUGGGGAAAACAAGGAACCACCAAAGUGGAGGAAAGAGGGAGGGAGUAGUAGCAAGAUCUAUACGAAAUGUGUAGGAAGUGUACACUUCACAUGUUCCAUGCUGUCCUGAUCCUUUUUCAGAGAAACAGUGGUAGUUUGCGGCUGGUUUUGUGUUUGUGGAGUGCUACACGUCCGCAAGUUAAAAGUAGUUUGUGUUAGAUUGACCUACUACACGACCAAACUGAAAGCGCACAGCACCUUAAUUCACAUCGAAACUACCUUGUUUGCUCAACCUCCUGCUGAAUCGAGAGCAAAUUAACUGACGUUUUGGCCAAGUCCAGCGACGUUCAUCUUGUGCCUGUCUCGCACUUUGGGACCCUCUGAAAGAGAAGAGAGGGCAGAUUGAUUGGAGCAAACUAAUACUAAAGUCCUGUUUAUUGUCCUUUAAGAGGGCUGCUUUGGUGGCUUUGAGCAAGGCAAGACAAAAGCCCCUAAAGCAGAGUGGCGGUGAGAUUUACGACGCACUGAAGAAGCCUGGACCCAUAAACCAAUAGGACCAGCUGCAUGUUUGUUGUCUAAGUUGACGGCCAUUGAAGUUUCCCUGCCUUUUGACCUCUCUGUCUUUGGCUCUCUGUCUGUGUGUGUCUGUACCUAGAAAGGAAUGGAGGUUUCUUGGGGGCAAUCUACUGUCUAUUGGGAGGCUGCUGCACAGGUAAAGAAACAUGCUGCAGUGGAUAUAACUGCACCAUCUGGGGCAUAUUUAACACAUUUCACCUAUGGAUUUUAUUACGUAGGUAAUUGCAAAUAACUUUGUCACAUUAGCAAUUUACCGUUGCUGCAGUACAGGCAUUUUGAAAAGUAACUUUUGAACCAACACAGGAUUCCUGGUUUAAGUACAAAUCAUGUUUAUGCAAAAGAAACCACACAUGAAACUGGACAUCUGAGAUGUGGUGAUCUUACUCAAUUUACUCGGCCUCUGUCAGUACCAGGGUCUUUGACUCCCGCAUACUCUCUGGAUGACCUCAAAUGAUUCUGAAUGCAGGCAAAUCUUUGGCCCUCUUAAUUGAUUAAAUCUUUGGAUCUGAGAAACUGUAACAAGGGUAUAUGGUUUCAGAGCCUGGGGUUGGGGGCUCUCUUUGGCAGCACGGUUGGUAGAUUGAGAGGCUAUAUCUUCAUAGCCAGAGAAGUGGUUGUCUGGCCCGUGAUUUGUGGCCACUCGCACGCCUCUAGAAUUUGACUGGAAUUCCAUCUCGUGUUCCCCUUGCUCUCCUGUGUAGUUUGAUGCAUUACAGAGGGAUGGUUUUCCCAGGGCUGGACCGUACUAAGCAAAUCAGCCGCUUUGAAUGGCUGUUUUGGGUUAGGCCUUAGCCUCUGCAGACACACACAGACGGGUAGACAGACACACACACAGACGGGUAGACAGACACACACAUCCUGGAAGUGGCAUGUCAUAGAGGGGAAGGAGUACAUUUAUCUUUACUUUGUGUGGUGUCUCAAGGCCGCAGAUCAGACAAAAAGGAAAUGAUCUGUCAUUUAACUUCAAAGUGCCCUUCCCAUCGGUCUUCCACUUGGAUGAGGUUUAAAUCACCCAGGCACACAACCAUGUGGACACACACACACACACACACACACACACACACACACACACACACACACAGGUUGCAUCACACAAUUGCCUAUUUCUUCUGCUGGAUACUGUAUGUAGCCAUCGUUUUUAUUUUAUUCAUGGCAGGUUGUACUCUUUAGUCCAGGGAUGCACAGCUGUGGCCCUGCACCCCUGCUGGUUUUAAUUUCUCCCUGGCUCUUACUUAGUCAACAAAUGGUACUGAUUGGCUGGAGAUUGCACAAACGACUAUGGUACUUAGACCUCUUGGUGCUGGAGAAUUGGAAAAAGUAUUGGUCUUAGUCAUUGGCUCUUUCUCCCUACAAAACAGCAUUGGCAUCGUCCCAAAAAAACAAAAAAAAUUGUCAAAUUCAAAAUGCAGAUUUGACCUGCUUCUCGGGAACUUGGUUGUGAGGAAAUUAAUUUGCUUUGUUUUGCUCCUGUCCGAGAGGGCGUUGGAUUCUUUACUCUGACACGCACAACCAUGAAUGUAAGACCCGACAAACGGCAAUUAAUUCAUUUUUCUGGACGUUUCCCUGCUUAUUUCCAUUCAAAUAUUGUUCAAAUAUAACACUGACAAAUUACCGUUGCUAUGCUGUUUCACCUAAUUAUUUUUACAAUGGUAGUGAGAAUUUAAGCUGUUUGGUUCUGUGUUUCAUGAUCAGGAAGUGACAAGUCGCUGGUUUUUCUUGCAUCUUUUUGUCAGCUGUUGCUCCACACGGCAGCUGCCUUUGUCAGUUUUGAUUGAAGUCGCUUUAAAAAGUAAUGGACCGUUUUACAGCGCAGAGGCUGCUUUGCCAUUACUCAAGGCAGGGUGACGAGUAAGGGAUGGGCUUCCGUAAUCUACAGCCCGCUCUCUCCUCUCGCUCUUCCUAUCUCUCGCUCUGUCCUAUCUCUCGCUCUCUAUCCUCUCUCUCGCUCUCUAUCCUCUCUCGCUCUCUAUCCUCUCUCGCUCUCUGUCCUCCUCGCUCGCUCGCUCUCUGUCCUCUCGCUCGCUCGCUCUCUGUCCUUCUCGCUCGCUCUCUGUCCUCUCGCUCGCUCUCUGUCCUCUCGCUCGCUCUCUGUCCUCUCGCUCGCUCUCUGUCCUCUCGCUCGCUCUCUGUCCUCUCGCUCGCUCUCUUGUCCUCUCGCUCUCUCUGUCCUCUCGUCUCUGUCCUCUCGCUCUCUGUUCUCUCUCUCUUGUCUCUGCUCUCUCUGUUCUCUCUCUCUCUGUCCUUCCUCUCUCGCUCUCUGUCCUUCCUCUCUCGUUCUCUGUCCUUCCUCUCUCGCUCUCUGUCCUUCCUCUCUCGCUCUCUGUCCUUCCUCUCUCGCUCUCUGUCCUUCCUCUCUCGCUCUCUGUCCUUCCUCUCUCGCUCUCUGUCCUUCCUCUCUCUCGCUCUCUGUCCUUCCUCUCUCUCGCUCUCUGUCCUUCCUCUCUCUCGCUCGCUGUCCUUCCUCUCUCUCGCUCUCUGUCCUUCCUCUCUCUCGCUCUCUGUCCUUCCUCUCUCUCGCUCUCUGUCCUUCCUCUCUCUCGCUCUCUGUCCUUCCUCUCUCUCGCUCUCUGUCCUUCCUCUCUCUCGCUCUCUCUCUGUCCUCUCUCUCGCUCUCUCUCUGUCCUCUCUCUCUCGCUCUCUGUCCUCUUACGCCUCGCUCGCUUACGCCCCACUCUCUCUCCUUCCCCCUGCUCUCUCCUUCCCUCUCUCUCUUACACCCCUCUCUCUGGGACAGAGCACAAAGACCAGACAGGAUGAUUUUAACGUUGCUCUCUUCUUUUUUACUAGUUUUUACAAGUGUCUAGUUUUUGGCCGGACAACCAAAGGCAGAGAGAAAAGCCUCUUGAUUUACAACAGAGGCCUCUGACCAUACAUUUAAUGUGGAUGAGACACCCAGACGGACAACAGGCUGUAAAACGCUCCAGAAACAAAGGGAGCGAGAAAACAUCAAAGAUUCUCGCAUGACUCCCCGGGACCACACAGGGGACACUUGGCAGCUUCGAUACUCAGCCCAGAUCUUGGUAGAAGUGAGGGGGGGAGGGGGUUGUUGUGUGUGUGUGUGUGUGUGUGUGUGGUAAUAGAAAUGUGUUGAUGCUUCCACAAUUGGAAUGGAGAUGGUAGGCAGCCUUGCUGCACACCUCACAGGCUAGACAGGAAAUGGAAGCCCCGCCAUAUCAGGCGUGGAUCCACCACCUGGAAAACCUCCAAUCCAAUGAAUGACUUCCAUUUGUUUCCUCUGGGAAGUAGUUUUGCCUCCAUUCAGGCUCCAUUCAGUUUUUAAAUCCACCGUUUCUUUGUUGCAGCUGGUGUGUGUGUGUGUAUAUAAGACUGCCGUAUCGAGCCCUUAUCAGCUGAAAACAUUUUGCACCAGCCCUGUCCUGGCUGUAAAUCACUGCUUUGUGCUGCCUUGGCUUGGUUCUUUCAAGGGGUCAUCUGAGAGGAAUGUAAACAAAUUAAUUCAGAUUAACUUUAAUGGCUCCUUCAAAUUUCCUUUUGGGCUGCCCUCCACAGAGGAUUAACUUAAUGGUUAACUUGCAGAUUUUUUCUCUCGUUUUCUCCUGAAAGGAUCCAUCAGCUUUAGCCCCUUUUGCGCUGACUUAAAAUGGGUGUCAAAAUGUACAACUAAUUGUUGUAGAGCAACUUGGAUAUAAAAGUUGGUGUAAUCGGUGAACUUCUGGUGACGUUUGAGUGCAGUAUGUGGGUACAUUUAUUCAAUGCACACAUCUUCCUCCCUGUACUAAAAUAAGUGUCAGGGAUAUGACAAGGUGUGAUCUUAUGAUGUCCUCUAUAAGUGGUUCUGAAACUGUAGGGGGGGGUCAAGUCAAAAGUCCUCCUUCCCAGGGGAGAUCAGUGAUCAAUAUAUUUUUCACAGUUUUUAAUAUUUGAAUUGGUAUGUAUGAAAUUGGGGCAGCAUGAUGGCUCUGAAUAGGACCACAUUUACUCUGAUGGACAACGGUCUGACUCAACACAGACAACAUGAGCAACUGUGUGAACGUAAUGUGUGGUUGUGUAUGCGGGAUCUCAAUUGGGGUUUUCUAGACUGUACCUGGCUGGCCCCAGAAAUGUGUUGCCUUUUGCAUGUGGGAAUUUAACAGAAUCUCCUUUUAUUGUGAGUGUGCUGCACAGUCUACCGUUUGUUGGCUGCCUUCCUGCCCAACUGUGUUUGUGAGGUGUGAAUACCACUCUCAGCCUAAAGCUAUGGACGGUAGAGAGAAGAUAAUGGGACUAACUUUAUCUCCAAUCACGUCACGUUGCUACGUGAUGCGCUCUCUCUCUCUCUCUCUCUCUCUCUCUCACUCCACCAUGGCCCUACACCUUUGUGGUAAUUGUAUGCUCCCCUAACUGGCCUCAUGAGCUGCUGACAGAUGCUAUCCUCCCUUAGUGUUUUGUGCCUACUGUGUUUACACCCUAAGCAAAGGGGCAUUGUUCCCUCUGCGGUCGCUGGUGUUUGUUCCCUCUGCGGUCGCUGGUGUUUGUUCCCUCUGCGGUCGCUGGUGUUUGUUCCCUCUGCGGUCGCUGGUGUUUGUUCCCUCUGCGGUCGCUGGUGUUUGUUCCCUCUGCGGUCGCUGGUGUUUGUUCCCUCUGCGGUCGCUGGUGUUUGUUCCCUCUGCGGUCGCUGGUGUUUGUUCCCUCUGCGGUCGCUGGUGUUUGUUCCCUCUGCGGUCGCUGGUGUUUGUUCCCUCUGCGGUCGCUGGUGUUUGUUCCCUCUGCGGUCGCUGGUGUUUGUUCCCUCUGCGGUCGCUGGUGUUUGUUAAUUUACCAUGUAGAAUAUCUCUGCUAGUUUCUGGGUCUCUUAUCGCUCUCCCUCUCUCCUUUUCCCAGUCAGGGCAGCCCAGUCCAGCUAGCUCCAGCUCCAGCUCCAGUUCAGGCUUUGCAGCCAGCCACAAACGGCAAGGUAACGCCAGAAACUAAGCAUACACACUUUUCUCCAGAUCACCCAGAAAUAACUAUACUUUUUGGGGGAUUGGCCACGCCAAAGGGGGUAUUACAUGUUGAAUCACUUCCACUCACUUCUAUGCUUGUGUUUUUGUUCCAUGGACACAGUGGCCGAGUUCGUCCGCAGGAAGGUAGGGGCCGUCCCGGGCACAGCCCACACAGGUAUACUCACACGCACCUGACUACAGUCCUUGGAUGGAAUCACAAGACUAAGCAUGAGUUUACAGUGAAAUGUGUAUAUAAAGUUGUGUGCUCCUCUUCACUGAUGUUCUAUCUCACAGUGUUAGGUCCCCUUCGUUCGAUAAUCCAUGACCUGCAGUCGGACGACAACGAGGAUGAUUCAGAGGAUGAAGACGACAACGACAUGGACUCUGACCUGGAGCGACCGCUGCACACGCACAUGACACACCGCCACCGCCGGUAGGUAGCGCCCUCCCAUGGUCACGCACAUGACACACCGCCACCGCCGGUAGGUAGCGCCCUCCCAUGGUCACGCACAUGACACACCGCCACCGCCGGUAGGUAGCUCCCUCCCAUGGUCGUGUUCAGUAGGGCUGUAAUGAACUGGCAACUCAGGUACCACCUCCUAUCGUUGUGCCCUUGAGCAAGGCUCUUUAUCUCAAAGAUAGUUUCAGGGACACUGCUCUGACCUUGUACUGCUCCUAGGUGUGUGUGGGGGGGUUGUACGAUUGGAUGAAAAACAACCUGACUAAUUUCUAUUAUGAAUAAUAGUUGUAUUGUAUUCCAAUUCUUGUCAUCCUCUUUGUCUGAAGGGUCAGCUUGAGUGACGGCAGUGAGAGCGAGAACAGCUCAGCCCCCUCUCCCCACUCUCGACACGAGCCCCCGCCUUUACUAAAGACCAGUAAUAAUCAGGUAAGACAAGGUCAAAUGAUAAGCAGUUGUCAGAGGAUUAUUUCUUACAUCUUAUCAGUAAAAUCAACUGGUAUCCCUGAUGUUCAAUAUUUUCACAUCCUAGAGUAGCCAAACGAUAUUACCCAACCACAAUUAGUCCAACGGAAUUGACCAAAUAUGUGCCCCCCCCCCCCCCCCCUUAUGUAAAUAUAUUUAUGUAAAUACUGUAUUAGCAUAAACACGUUGGGGGGAGGAAACCUUUAGUUUGCCAUUUUGCUCCUCAUGAAAUUGAACACGGCUGUUAUUGUUAUCUGAUGCUGUCUUAUUAGCAUCCUGUAAUUCCCACAAUGCAUUUCCCUCAUACGCCAACCACACUGCUACGUAAAUAAUGACUGUUGUGUGAACAAAUCAGCGGUUUUUUCCAGUGGGCACAUAUGGUAAUUCCUUAUCUGGGUUGUAUUCCCAAGGAACAAAACGGAAGCAAACAGGUUGAAACUAGAAUGGGCCUUCUUGAACUUGUCCAAUAAGAAACGCUUGUUUUUCCCAUUGCGAAACCUUUUGCUACAUUGUGUACUAAUGAAUACAACCCUGAUGUCUCACAGAUACUGGAGGUGAAGCAAACGAAGCAGGAUAAGAAUAAAAACAUUGACUGUGACAAGGUGAGUAGCUUCCUUGCGGUUGGGUUUAAAGUAGAUUAGGUCAUACCAGUGGCGUUACAUUGGGUGUAGUCAGGACAUUGGGUGUAGUCAGGGAAUUGGUUGUAGUCUUACACUGAAGAAGUCUUUACAUUCACCAAGGCUCUUGCAAAUGGAUAGGAGACCGAGACACUCUUCCUUGGCCAUCCAACCCGUUACUCUCUUUGUCAUAGUCCCAGAUGGUGUGACUAGGUAACAGGCCUGGGUCAAAUACAUACUUGAAGGUUUGCUUGAUUUAGCUAGAGUUUGCACUUUUGGGACUAUUCAAUUGGUGUAUCUCACCCACUCAGGCUUACCUGGAUGAGCUGGUGGAGCUACACAGACGACUGAUGACACUGAGAGAGAGGCACAUACUACAACAGGUGAGGUCUAAUAGUGUGUAGUACAUGUGUUCUCAGAAAACCACCUGUUAGUUUACAGUUCAUGUUGGCAUAGAAGAUGUUGCUUGCUAGCGUGGCUUUGUUUGGGCUUGUAUGUCAAACAACUUCAUACUGUAUGUUACUCGGUACAUUACAGUCGAGGACUUAAUCUAUGUGUGUCUGGCAAUGAUAGAUUAUUUGGUUAACCUUUUUUCCACUCCGUCUAAGAGCAAACGUCCUCUUGUUUAUCUUCACAAGGCCUAUCAUAUGACCGCAUUAAUGGAGAUUCCCAGACGCAGUUGCCAAGGAGUGGCCUUGCUCUUCCUCGCUCUCCUAAUGAAAAGUUUUUGGCUCCGAGCAUCGGUGGAAAAAUUCAUCCCCAAACAACAUCAGCGAGUGGAGCGCUAACUUGUGGCGUAAUCAAGCUAAUCCUCGGAGCGUUUGGAGAGUUUGGAGCAUUGUAGCGGCGUUCCACGUCCUCAGAAAACGAGACAUUGAAAUGAUUAACUUUCCAACCUCCCAAUGCUAUUUUUCCUCCCCAGUCUCUCUGUUUGGGAAAACCGCAAAUUAAAAAAUGGCCUUAUGGCCUUAUGUCAUUGUGGAGUCUUUUUAAAGUAGAUUGUCCGCCCAUGGUAGAUUUGAGUUUUUUUUGUCAUUGUGAUGAAAACCAAAAAUGGGGACUGUGUUUUAUAUCCAAUAGAAAUUAAUCUGUCAUUAACGGCAAAUGGAAAAUGGAAGUAUCAGCCAAAGUGCUGUCCUGCAUGAACAAAACCAGGUCUGAAAAUCUUGGUGUGGUUCCAUCUCCCCAGAUACAAGCGGGGGUGGGGAGGGCAGGGCAGGGGGUUGUUGCGACUUGACUUGCAAGCAUCUAUCUGCCGUGUCAUAACAAUGGGUGGAGUCUCCCUGCACUCCUGAAUCCGGCCUGCGGUCGGAGGGGGGAGGAGAAAUGUGUUCAGUUGCUUCAUCAACACAGACACACUGGAGUGCCCGUAAUUACCACGAGAAAGAUGCUUGCACACACACACCCCUAUCGGAGGAGAACUGGAACCAAUAAGACACCAGCCAAGGAAAAAGCAUCUUUCCCAUUAGGGUCUCUCCCUCUCUGAUACAGGGUUCCGCAUGCAAGGGAUGGGAUGGAGUGAAUUAGGGGGGUCCCCAUACCAAAUUCAACUGACACUAGCCCACCCACCGCUCAACGACGCUUCCCACAAAUGUGUUUUUAAUAAGUAUUGUAUUGUGUGCGGUCCAACAUUGUCUAUGACUAGGCUGCUCUCUGACACUGUACUGCACAUACAAGGUGGAAACUCAGCUGCUGGUCAAUACAGUUCCAUAUCAGCUGCUUAGAUAUACUAGAUUAUCUAAGCAACAUUCCUCUUUUGUUUUAGGAAGAGGAGGACAUGCAUGGAAUUUAAUUGGUCUGUUUAUGUUGAAUGUGGAAGAUUCAACAUAAAGAAAUGUGUACACUUUCUCCAUUCUUGCUGGGAUUUGGGUUUACAUACUGUAGUAUGAGUGUUAACUGACAGCUUUUCUUUCUGUGCCUUCUCUUGCCUCACAGAUCGUGAACCUCAUCGAGGAGACUGGACACUUCCACAUCACAAACACAACUUUUGACUUUGACCUCUGUUCCCUGGACAAAACUACGGUACGAAAGCUCCAGAGUUACCUGGAAACGUCUGGAACGUCAUGAGGUCUGGGAGCAGCUAGCUGCCACAAGGAAGAACGUUGGAAGAACUUUGGAAUCUUCCUCUUAUUUUUUCUUUUUUUUAACUUGAACUUUCGUGGCGUUGCAAAAAAGACUACCGGCCUGGCCCUGCCCUGGGUCCUUGUGCCUGGCGGUUAUGGUCGCGCCACUCUACUCGUUGGAACCUGGCUCUCCACACGACCAGGGUAGCCCGCGAGCGACACAAACCUGAACGGCGUGCCACGUCACCCUGGAGAUGAGUCCUGUCGACCAGGAAUAUCACCCAGAAAGCCUUGAAAGAAUUCCACAGUUGACAAAAAAACCGGGGAAAGAAACCGAGACCUUGCUCUUAAAACGAAUGUGCAUAUUAUUACCAUGUAUGUGCGUAGAAUGUUGUUCUUUGUGGCGAAUGAUGCAUGUUCAACACUGCCUUAACACAUCUGUCAGUCUUUAUUUAUUGAGUUUGAGUUUCAGGUGUCCGUGUUAAUAGUAGCAAAAGAGAAUUAGUCUUGUGCAAGCACUUCAUAAUGCAUCUCUCUGGCUCUGGAAGGACGGUGGAGCAGUGCAUUGUCAUCACAACGUUGAGAUUUCAAUUAUCUUAUUUGACGGAUGAGUUGAAUGGCAAUCAAACGUCGCUCUAUAUGAGGAAUUCUGCCCUCUCAAACGAUAUGUUAUCAGUACCCAAUGGUACAAGCUGAAGACCAAUCAUGGACUCAAAUUGUUGCAAUUAAUACAAUUGUAUAUUCCAUUAUUGGUACCAAAACUUGAAUUGAUGUAUUGGAUGAUGACGAGGCAAAUUUCUGAAGUGUGCUGCAUGUCAUUUUUACAAGCUCUCACUUGUAUUCUGCAGCUCUUGCUGUCUACAAGUUGAAACCAAGUGUUUUUGACCAAUCUAUUGUCAGCAGGCCUGUGCUAAAAAGGAACCAUUUUGAGUCCUGGAAUUUUGAUGGAAGAAAUGUACUCUUGCGUAUCUAAGACAUUGAAUCUUAUUUAUUUCACGGGGACCUCGGUUGCCAAAUCAAAGUUGUGCAUUAGAAUUGAGAAAAAAUCAAACUGAGAAAAAUAAAGUUUUUGUUUAACUUGUUAUGGAGGACAUUUUCCUUUUUGCUAUUAUGAGGAAUUAAAGUUGAUUUGGUUUAGUCUGCCGAGCGACGCCUCAAUGGGAAUACCAGUGGUCGUAGCUACUCACAGGGCCACACAAAGGUAGAAUGUUGUUUUGCUUGACCCAUGUCUGCCUUAAGAGUUCUUU